AUGAUCAACUCAUUCAAGAGUCUCGUUGUAGCGGCGCUCCUUGUAGUCGUGAAGUCACAUGAAAGUCAUGAUGAUGACCAGAUGCCGAUGAGCUAUGUCAAAUAUCCAUACCAGGCUUCUACUUUGAGCCUAACUGGAGAGCUAGUGACUGCCGACUCUAUUUUUUCUGGGAUUACUACGUUUGCCCGGCUUCCUUGGGUGCAAUGCUUUGGGUCCGGAAAGGACGUUCCUUUCGAUAUCGCUUUCCUUGGCGCUCCGUUCGACACAGGUACCUCUUAUCGUCCAGGUGCGCGGUUUGGACCAGCAGGCAUCCGUGCUGGUUCACGUCGUUUGACACUGUACGGAGGAUAUAACGUCCCGCUUGCUGUCAACCCGUUCGCGAACUUGACUAUCGUCGAUUGUGGAGACAUCCCUGUUACUCCGUACGAUAAUGCUUAUGCCAUUAAGCAGAUUGAGGACGGACAUAAAUCGUUACUCCACCGCGAGCCUGCGACUAAGCUCGGAAAGGACACGGUUACGAACCAGCAACUUUUCCCGCUUGCACAAGAUGGGAAGGAACACCCGCGGAUUAUCACAUUGGGCGGAGACCACACGAUAGUACUCCCUCUCCUACGAUCCAUCCAUUCCGCUUACGGUGCCGUCUCUGUCAUCCACUUCGACUCGCAUCUAGACACUUGGAAACCAAGCGUCUUUGGCGGCGCGCCAAGUGCUCAAGCAGAGAUUAACCACGGCACAUACUUCUAUUGGGCGAGCAAGGAAGGCCUAAUCAAGAAUGGAUCCUCAAUUGCAAGUCACGGUGCGAUUCGAACGACCCUCUCUGGCCUUGCGGACUAUGAGAAUGAUGAUGCGACUGGAUUCCAGCGCAUUGAAGCGCGCGAGAUUGACACUAUCGGUACCGACGGUAUCAUCAAGAAGAUCCGCGAGACCGUUGGUGAUAAACCUGUAUAUCUUUCCAUAGAUAUCGACUCUAUCGACCCUGCCUUCGCACCAGCGACAGGCACACCAGAAACUGGAGGCUGGUCGACUCGCGAGCUUCGUACAAUCCUUCGUGGACUUGACGGAUUGCACAUCAUCUCCGCUGAUAUUGUGGAAGUUGCUCCUGCGUAUGAUACAAAUGCGGAGUUGACAACUAUGGCGGCCGCUGAUGUGCUGUUUGAAGUUUUGGGUGUCAUGGCUAAGACACCUCUCGGUAAGAUUGUGAAUACGACUUCUGAAGACGAGGCGUAG